AUGGAGACUCCCGGUCAGCGCGAUGCACGAUGUCUCAUAGAGAAGAUUGGUCGCGAGCACAUCUUGAAUGGUGCUAUCAAGGGCACAAGGUUUGAAUUGCUGGUGAGCAACUGCCUUGAAAUCCUAUCAAGCCAGCUAUACGAGAAAUCGACACAUUUCCUACUGGAACUCAUUCAGAAUGCCGAUGAUAAUACCUACGAUAACCCAAGCCCAACGUUGAGCUUCUCCUACAAACCUGGAAGUCUUCGCAUCGAUUGCAAUGAAGUCGGUUUCACAGCGGAAAAUGUGGAAGCUAUAUGCGCGAUCAGUCGCAGUACAAAGUCGGGCAAGACGAGUGACGGGGAAUACAUUGGCGAAAAGGGAAUUGGCUUCAAGUCUGUGUUCAAGGCCUCGGAUGUGGUGUGGAUAUCAUCCCGUGAAUUCACAUUCAAAUUUGAUAAGAGGGAGUUUCUAGGCAUGGUUGCCCCUAUAUGGGCAGACUUUCCUGAACCGACGCGGCCAGGUUGUACUUCGAUCUAUCUCCAACUGUCGGAGGGCUAUGAGGAGGAGACACUUAUCCACGAGCUUUUAACAUUCGAUACUAACCUGCUUAUAUUCCUCCGACGUGUCCAGGAGAUCAACAUUCGAGUUUCACGUCCGGAUGAUUUAAACGAACCGGUCUGGGAAAAGAGGAUUCGGAAAACCGAGAGCCACCAAGGUGCGGAUCGAGUUACAGUCUUGUAUGCCGGAAAGAGCACUUUCCAGUAUCUCAUCAGGACCCACGUUAUCAAAGAUCUUCCCAAGGAGCAUAAGCGUCCAGACUGGCCACAGACGAAAAUUCUACUUGCCUUUCCUACAGCUGAGUUCCCCGAACAGCCUCGCCUGAUUCCCCAGAACGUGUAUGCAUUCCUCCCGAUUAGAAACUAUGGCUUGAAGUUUCUUCUUCAGGGAGACUUCCUCCUCACCGCCAGUCGGGAGGAUAUCGAAAGCACUCUGCCAUGGAACCGCACCAUCCGUGAUGCUUUGGCAGACGCAUUUCUCUUCUCAGUUGACCAUUUCAAUAAGGGAAAGCUGAAGUAUGCCUGGUCUUACUACCUUCCAUCUGCUUCAACGGCAGCAUCUUCUUUUCUCGAACCAGCUAUUGCAUCCAUCUUAGCUCAACUUAAAGAGAGCCCGGUCUUGGAGUCUUGUGCAGGAACUAUGGUGAAAGCUUCAUCUCUAAAGCACGUACCACUGGAUCCGUUUGGGGAUAAAGACGGCAUCCCCUUUACCCUGAGCUCAUACACCGCCGACGGCUACCUGUCAUUGAAAUAUCCAGCAUGGGCUAUUGAAGGAACAAACUCGAUUGGCGCGUCCCAACUUUCUCCGCGGGAGUUUUUGGCAGAUCUCAAUUCCGCGAUAACUCAAGAUCCGACAAUUUUUCGUACAAAACCAUCCACAUGGCAUUCACAGCUUGCAGAAACUCUCGUCAAGCUUUCAACCGAUGCGGAACUCAUGUUUUUGAUACAGGAUAUCUGUCUGAUCCCAUUACAGGAUGGCAACUGGACUUCAGCAAGAGGGCAGUCGAUGUUCUUUUCAAAAAGCGAAACAUCCCUUGAAAUCCCCAGUGGCAUCGAGGUGCUCAUCGUCGACUCAUCCGCAGAGUCUGAUCCAAAUCGCCGCAAGCUCUUCACGACUCUCGGCGUCAAGGCUUGGGAAGCGCCUGAAAUAUGCCGCUUGAUAGUACGAGUACACGAAUCUGCAGACUUCGACCCCAAAAAGUUAGCAGUGGAGCAGCUCAUCUCUCAUGCAGCGUUUCUCUAUAACGCCUCAUGGCAGCCGCCCAAGACCGUUGAUUUAUGGUUUGCAACCAUGCAAGACGAGCGGUGCCUCGGGAGGAAGCUGUACAUCCCCGGAAGUAGUGAGACGAACUCCCCCGCAGCUCGGAUAUUUGCGCAACUUCAGAAGAAAUUUGCAGUCAUUCAUAACGAUUACCUCAAGGCAUUUGCCUCGAGUCCGGACUGGCCCGCUUGGCUGGUCAGCAAUCUUGGGCUCUCAAAGGUACCGCGCUUGGUCACGCCGCAUGUAGAGUCGAAACCACAACCUACUCAACCUACACUGGCGUUGGAGAGCCCAAGAUUGAGCCCAAGUAUACUGACCAAUCAAGCGGGCCAGUCCGGGAUCGAUCCAAUCCCAGAUGACGUAUUGGAGGACUUCGAUUUCGACAAAUUUCUUCAUACCGAAGAUAAAGAUGUGACAAACACCGCUGUCGCAUUUUUCGAUGAAUUUUCACUCAAUAAACAAUAUACCGCCAGUGGCUCUACGAGCUCAGAGGAUGGUUCAGCCGACUCGCCAAUUCGCGCCUCACAUGGAAGACCUGCGGGAUCCUUGCGAACUCGGGAGGACAGGCCGAAGGACGGAAGAAAACGCAAGAAUUCCUUAAGUGAUUCUAUUCCUGAGGUUUUGAUACCUGUCCCCCCAUUAGCUCGGGUUGGCGAUACUGAAAAGACAUUCGCUCUAUCGGAGGAGUUCACUUUCAUGUUUCGUGAAUGUCAUUCGUCGGACGUCCUUCAGCUCCUGAAAGACAACUGGCACUACUAUUCUCAGUGGAUUGAUGGAGUUCACAUGAAAUGGCAGGACGCUGAUUUCCUUGAUUCAAGCUCCCAGCUGAAAAACAGUAUCGGAGCCUGCCUAGUGCAAAGUGCUAAAGGAUCGUUGUCGCUACAAGAUACAGUUCUCCCAACGAUUGACCGCCAACUUGAUGAAGGACGCCUCAUACCCGCGGUGGUUAUCAUGGACCCCCAGCACCCCGAAUGGACACUAUUGAACUACUUCGGCGUUAUCGUGAAACCAGAUAUCCAUUACUAUCUGCGCUGCCUGAUUGCCAUCUCCGAUGAGCCUGUUCCUGAUGUCGACAACGUUGCUUAUAUAUACGAGCAAAUCGAGGCCAGAUACAAAGAGAACGAGGAGCUUAUCAGCGCGGCAUUCCGUGAAAGAGACAUCAUCCUCGUUCAUUUGGAAUCACCACGAUCGACGAAGCCAGCUAGCUGGACGAACAUGAAAGAAUGUAUCUCGCGAGAUAUCACAAUCGAGUCUAAGUAUCCAACCAGCUCAUAUCUCUUCCGGUGUUUGAUAUCUCCGGGAGGAGACCCCAUUGCGCCGAUAGUUGCAACUGCGACCUUGAUCACGAGCUCAACCAAGCUGGAUGAUAUCUCCCGUCUCUUUCGCGACAUUAGCACGGCUCUGAAAGAUGUCAACACCAGCAAGGCUGCCCAGCUCCUUAGGCCCCUUCAAAGCAAACAGAUUUUCCCGAUCACGAAUGGUCCUGGUAAAUCAAAAUACGACAACCUCCUGGAUUUAUACAACACAAGUUGGUUCAUUGCUGAUAAACCGCUUAUCCGAGAAAGCUUUCAUGGCAAAAUUCCCUUGCUAGCUUUGCCAAUUGAGGAUCUACCUGCCUUGCAGGAUCUAUUCCGCGUUUUGAGACUUGAUGGCCGCAUGUUGUCGAAACUAGCGACGAAUCGGACACAGGCGAAGGGGCGACACUCUACUCAUUGGGCUUACACGGCGUCGCUCCGCGAAAAGGCUCCAUUCAUCAAAGCUCUGGUACCCCAUUCGUACCACAACAGGAUGACUAUUAUCCGCCAAAUCGACGAAGUGAGGGUCAGUGUUGCAAUAGACAUACUGCAGACCUUCAUGUUCAAUCUCGCUGGUACCGAGAUCCAAGGUAAUCCUGUUCGUGGUCAAGUAUGUCUAUCUGACACAGGGCACUUGCUCAAUCUCCUCAUGACGGAAGAGUGUGCGGCGGCUCAAUGUCCACCCUACGAGCUAGUCAGCCUCAUUGCCGAUGCCUGCGCAAUCAAAGAUCCGAAUCAUUUUUCGCUUCUAUUCACAGCUCUAAGCGGUUCCAGCAUGGAAAGCAUUUACUCUACAUUUACCCAGCAGGGCAUAUACAUCAAGGGUCUGGUGUUUGACAAAUCGAAGAACAGAUACCGAGCCCAAAGAACGGAUUUGAUGCGUAUCCCUUCUCCCUUUUGGGGUAGUGUGAACCGCAUGGGAUCAUCUUACAGAGACUCAUCAGAUGCAAUGACAUUUGACCGCUUUCAAAGGGGAGAAGUCGUCCACAGUCGCAAUGGAGAUCGACGUUUGCCUAUGAAGCAAAUCAUUGAGGAAAUUCAUUCUCGCCGCCUCGUACUUGCGGAUGACAGGAUCGAUGGAUGGGAUCAUAUUCAAUACCUGGGAGAGCAUAUGACUCCCAAGUGGAAAGAAACACUGGAGGCGAAUCCACCAGUCUACCACCUGGACGUAGUUGUCAGCAAAGGGAGCAAGACCUCGUCAUUUGUCAUUACCUCAUCGCAGGUCGAAAGAAUGCGACAGCACAGGAUGCAUGGCAAUGCCUACGAGGUGAACACCGAUGUUGCGGUCCUAGUCCGAGUCAGCGAUGUGUAUUCCGAUGACCUUUUAUCUGCCGAAUUCUUUGUCGACCCGUGGCGGCUCUUCGAUUCCAAUGAAUUAACUCUCGAAAAUGAUUGGAUCUUCAAGGGCGCAAUACAAGAAAAUCUUAUGGGUCCUACACGAAAGAAACGCAAGCUCAAUGGUCCCUCCAUAUCAUGGGCCAUGCCAGCAGCACUACCUGCGAUACAUCAAACCAGCAUGCCGAAGUUUCGUGCCCGGAAGGAUAAUGAAACAUUCACUCAUCGACCUUUAGACUCCGGAAAUAUUCGCUUGCUGUAUCUUCUUCCAGGAGAGACACGCGAUCUGUUGCAAGGCGUGAUCAUUCAUGUGCCUUAUAGGUCUCCUGGAACAUAUCGAGCUCUAUCAUAUGUAUGGGGCACGAACACGCGAACGAGCGAGUUGAUGACUCCCGAUGGUAUUCUCCGGAUCACACUUUCUUUGAAUAAAGCCCUGCGAGGCUUACGACACAAGGUCAAAGCGAUCAUGUUGUGGGUAGAUGCUAUAUGCAUCAACCAAAAGGACAACAAAGAGAAAGCGCAGCAGAUUCGCCUGUUGCCAAAUAUAUUCCAGUCCGCAGCCGCCACGUAUGCGUUUAUUGAAGGCGGCAAAGGAAGCGAUAAAGCCAUAGAGAUGCAGAUGCAGGUACGAGCCAAGGCCGAACUUGAUGAAAGAUCGAAAAACGAGGCAUGCCCAGCAGACGGAGUAGAGUCGGAAAUAGGGAACGAUUCAGGCAGCGAAACAGAUCCCGAAGAGGGCAUGGAGACGAAUAAUAAAAUGAUCUCAAACGUCUGGCCCAGUACCGAUGGGUGGCCAGCGGAUUUGCCUAGAGUCCCUGCCUCUUGGAAAGGCGAACCUACUCCCCCUCUAGACAAUCCCAUCUGGACUUCCAUUGCAGCAGUGUUCACCCUCUCGUGGUUCCGAAGAGUCUGGAUCAUCCAAGAGAUCGUAGCAGCGCAAAAUGUGAAGAUCGUCUGCGGCAAAUGGAUCAUUGACUGGAACGAACUCUACCUCGCCAUGGAGAUUGUCGACCGCCAAGUUCAGCUAUCGGACCACGACUCUUCAGCUCUCAAAUCGACCUGGGAACCUUUCCUGUCUCUCGCAGCACAACGCGAAUGGGAGGCUCGGCAGCUUCGAUGGAGCCUCAUCAUGCUCCUCGAAAACUUCCGAUAUUCGGAGUCAACACUCAAUCGAGAUCGACUGUUCGCUUUGCUAGGAUUGGCUUCUGACGGCAACGAGGCGGCGUUUGAGCCCGAUUACGAUAGCCCGUUGGAAGCUAUCGUACUGAAAUUCGCUCGGGUCUUUGUCCGGCAGGGGAGAGGCAUGCAACUGCUAUACCGAGCUGGCCUGAACCAACAAUCAGAUAAAUUCGCAUCUUGGAUUCCUGACUGGACGGCGCGACGACCGGGCAGUCUCUACGAUUCCUCUGAAGGCGGUGUUACGUUUGCGGCUUCUGGACCUCAACAGGCUAAGAUCAAGUGCGUUCCUGAUACAGACGAGCUGCUUGUAGACGGGUAUGAAGUGGAUGUCAUCGAAAGUAUAAGCACGACAUCGAACGGCGAGCAAGAAUGGGCGAACUACUUCCGAGAAAUCGACACCAUGGUCGAUAAUGCAGUCCUGAGUCCAGUCCGAGAUUCGCGCGAGGACUUGAAGUGGAAAGUGCCAGUCGCCGGCGUGCUGUAUCCAAAAGUAGCGGUCUCUGGGGGUCUCGACUUGAAAUCGUCGUAUGCGGCGCUACGGAAUUAUCUCAAUAGCAAGCAGAAAGGGAAAGCGAAGGAGACGAACGACUGUCCCAUUAACGGCACUGCGUUCGCUUCAAUGUAUACCAUGGCCCUCGAACACAUGGCGACCACCGCCUUGCCGAAGCAGAGUACGAGUUAUACGGCUGUGCUUGGGGACACUCUUCACGGAUGGAGGUUCGUGAUUACGAGGAGGGGAUAUGUCGGCGUAGUGCCGAAUAUGGCCAGCGUUGGCGAUGUUGUGGUUAUAUUGAAGGGCGGACGGGUUCCGUUUCUCCUUCACGCGAGCGAGACGAGAUCUAGUGCCUUCAGGCUUGUCGGGGAGUGCUACGUUCAUUCGAUCAUGAAUGGGGAAGGUUUGUCAUUGCCUGGGGUGGUUGAGAGCAAGUUUCGCCUGCAUUAG